AUGCCGCCGCCCCGCCGCAAGAAGCCCCUUUCGCUAAGGAUUCGACAAUGGAUUCAUCGGCUUCGCACAUGGCGCUCGCCGUUAAACCUACGCGGCAGCCUGACAAGACUACGGGCAUUUGAGAGACACCCGGUCUGGGCUCUGGUACGCCUUUUUAUCCCGUUCCCUUCGUGGAAAUUCCCCGUGUCCGACGUUAUGCCGGCGGCGGAAAUGAUCGGAAACGAAGAAUUGCUUCUCCUUCGCCACGACAAUAUGAUCGACCUGGAGAGCAUACCAAUCUGGCGCGUUCGCGAUACUCCCUUGAGAUGUUUGUAUAGAAUGUACGAAGCUAUGGCAUCUGGUGUAUACGAGGUUUUAGGCACCGAAACUGAAUACUUUUGGUAUCAGAAGGGGUGGUCAUUACAGUCGAUCAGCGACCCCAGGGACGAAGAUCCCGUGCGCUAUGCCAUCAUCGCAUGUCUCGUUGAGGAACUUGUCGUUGCGUUUAAUUGGCGUCUAAGUCUAGGAAUGCGUCGGAACCGCAAGCACAUCAUCCGAAAGACGGAAGACGACCCGUGGCCCCCGUAUACACCGCUGAUAGGUCCUGCAUGGACGGGCUCUGUUCCGGCGCUCUCGGCCAGCGACCUGGACGGCCUACCCGGACGUUACAUAUUGGAAGGAAAACUCGUCUUAGAGGACGGCGGAUUGAAUAAAAUCUUUGCGCGCCGCAACAUCAUUACGAAUGUUGGCUGGCUUUAUACGAUCUGA